UAGUAAAAAUUUGGGCUUUAUUUGUUUCAGCAAAAAUAACCCUAAAAUACUGCAUUCCCAUAAUUCUUCGGUCUGGGCGAGACUUCGGACUUUCAAUUCCCUUGUGUCGAUAGAACUAGAGAGAUCUCUUUGGAAUCAAUUUUUCUUCCCCUCAACCGGAUUUCAUGGCUCCGAAACCUGUUACCAGUCCCGUUCCCGAAGCUUGGUACCCAACCCUUGCCGUCUUGAUGAUCUCUGUUGGCCUCAUCGUUACCGCUUCCUUUUUCAUCUAUGAAGCUACAUCUUCCAGGAAAAACCGUAGUCUGGCCAAGGAACUCACUCGAGGAACAAUUGCCUCCAUUUUCUUGGGUUUUGGAUCCUUGUUCUUGUUGCUUGCUUCUGGUGUUUAUGUCUAACCUAUUGAAAGCACAUCUUGAGAAUCUGUUCUUAUUUAGCAGGGUCAGUUCUACAUGUAAGGUGCUGGUAAUAGAACUACUUCCUAGAGACGGUGCUCUUUUUUAACAAUGAGGAAUGAACAUUUUUGAAUUUUUAUUGAGCAUUAUACUCAUAAAAUGCAAUAUGUUUGAAGGAA